AUGCAGGAGAGCUCCGGCACCAUCUUUAUGGGUGAGAUUAUUUCCCCCUGUUCUUUCCAGUUAUAAGGUGGGGUUUUGGGGGGGUUGUUUUUAAGUAUUGCAGACUUAAACGGAGCGGGAGUUUGUUUAAUUGUUGUGUAAAAGUUUCCUAUGAAAGCCAUGGAGGUUGCAUGUGAGAGAGGCAGAACUAAGGACUCGCUGGGCACUUCUGCGUCAGGGAUGUACAGGCAAGCCCAUGCAUGUUUACUUGGAAGUAAGUCCCCUUGUGUUCAAUGGGACUUACUACAAAAGUAGCUGUGCAAAGGACUGCAGCCUUAAACUGGCUAAUAAUAGUUAUUAUUUCAUAUUUGGGAGUGGAAUGUAUUAUGUAUGGGUUGGGAAACCCUUCAAAGGAGAUGAGGGGGAAAUGUCUCUUCAAAUAUUUCAAUUGUUUUAUUAAUGUAAGCUGCCUUGAUAGUUUUUUUAUAUUAGAAGGCAACAUAUACAUUUCUCCAUAGCUGUCAAGUGUCCCUUAUUUGAAGGGACAGUCCCUUAUUCCAGCGCCAUGUCCCGCUGCUGUCCCUUAUUGAUGGAUGUCCCUUAAAUGUCCCUUAAAUUUCAAAGGAAGCAGCUCCUCUCCCUCCCUGCCUGCCGGCCAGGGAGGAGGGAGGCUCCAACUGUGUUGCUUGGCUGUGUUGCUCACCCAAUAAGAAGUCUAAGAAUGACUGGGGGGUGGAGCUUGCAUGCCUUGUGUGUGGCUAGUUAAUGCAAGCUGAGGAGGUUUUUGAAUGCUGGACGCCAUUUUGUUGCACUUGCUGCUGCAAACUUUGCAGUGCAAAGCCAGGCUGGGGAGCCAUCUUAAGUUGAGGCUGCAUAGGCCUCGUGGUGCAUGUGAUUCAGAUUCUAUUCAGUUGAACCUCUGGUUACAAAGUUGGUUGGACAGUGUUCUUGAAGCUACCAGCAUGAGUUUGACCAGACUGCAGGAGGACAGGAAGACUGGAGUGCCUGGAACAGGUGAGGCUGCAGGUCCCUUAUUUUCAAGGCUGCUGGUCCCUUAUUUUCAAAUCUGUAAGUUGACAGCUAUGCAUUUCUCCAAUCCUAGUUUUUCUAAAAAUUAACUAAAAGAAUGAGAUCUGCCUAGUUAAUCAGGGCUACCUUUUUAAUCCAUUCAAAUAUUUCUAACCUUUUAAAUCCAGUCAAUCGACUAUAGGAAAACUAGUCGCAUGUGCAGUGCAUCCCUUUCAUAUUUACUCAGAGGCAAUGCCCUCCUCUGUGUUCAGUAAGGCUUAUUACAUAAGGAGUGCAGCCUUAGAUGAAUGAUCUAUUUAAACAUUUCCACAUAACAAUACAAUACUCCAAAAGGGGGAGAAACAGGCUUUGUUAUUUAGAUUAUAAAUUCAAUGCAUGUGUCUUAACAAGCAUGACCUAAAAAGAGGCGUUGCCCCUUCCCUCUUUUCACAGGAUGGGAUGCUUCCAAUUAGAUGGUGCUUGUCACCUGUAGUUUUCAGAAGUUUUCUGUUUUUAAAACUUUACUGCAGAGUGAUUGCUUGAACAGCAACUUCCCCCCAGAGAACUCUUGCUGGCUGGGGAGUCCGCUUCCAGGCUUUCUUUUUCACUUUCUUGAAAAAGCAAGCGGGGAAAUGAAUCCACAACACAUUUGCCUCUCUCUCUCUCUCUCUCUCUCUCUCUCUCUCCUCUUCCUCUCCAAGCCUCUGGACUGUUUGCCUACCUGGAACAAGGGCAGAGCACUUGGGCCCCAGAUUUCCAGAGCUACCGAUGUGAUGCAAAUGAAGAGAUGAUUAAAGAAUUGCCGGAACAAUUGCCAGAGGCAGCAGCUUGGUGCAAUUCCUACCGGUGUCCUGUGAGCAUCCAUAGUUCAGAUCUAUCUGGUCCAGGUAAGGAUUGUACUUGGCAUCUUCAAGCUUAAGCCUAAAAUCACCUUCCGAGCCCCAAAUCAGAGGUGGCUAAGUUAUCAUGUUCCAGAUGUCUACAGCUCCCAUCAGCCUCGGCCAGCGUGUCAGUGUUGGAAUUUGUAGCCCAACAGCCUCUGAAGGGCAUCAGGAACUCCUCAAGAAGGACAUGGAGGCCACAGACCCUUCCCCCAGCUGCAGAAACUGGUAUUCUGAAUACCACAACACACAUGUAACUGGCUGUAAAGUAACAUAACAUAUAUAAUAAAACUGUAGUCGUCAUAUCAAAAAAUUGCAAAGCACAGUUCCUGGUGGCAAUAACAUAUUAUAUUACAGUGGUACCUCUGGUUACAGACGCUUCAGGUUAUAGACUCCGCUAACCCAGAAAUAGUACCUCAGGUUAAGAACUUUGCUUCAGGAUGAGAACAGAAAUUGUGCAGCAGAGGCGCGGUGGCAGCAGCGGGAGGCCCCAUUAGCUAAAGUGGUGCUUCAGGUUAAUAACAGUUUCAGGUUAAGAAUGGAGCUCUGGAACGAAUUAAGUACUUAACCCGAGGUACCACUGUACUAUUAACCUUCUAUAUGUUUUUAUUGUCGUAAAAUCCAAGGAUAGUCAAGUCCAAACAUUGUCAAGUCCAAUGAUUACAAUGUACAGUUCCUGUUGGCAAUGCCAUUUCAUACUGAUAGGUAAAGGUAAAGGUGCCCCUGCCCGUACGGGCCAGUCGUGACCGACUCUGGGGUUGCUCACUCAUCUCGCUUAAGAGGCCGGGGGCCAGCGCUGUCCGAAGACACUUCUGGGUCACGUGGCCAGCGUGACGAAGCUGCUCUGGCAAGCCGGCACCAGCGCAGCACACGGAAAUGCCGUUUACCUUCCCGCUAUAAAGUGGUACCUAUUUAUCUACUUGCACUUAAGGGUGCUUUCGAACUGCUAGGUGGGCAGGAGCUGGGACCGAACGAUGGGAGCUCACCCCGCCGCGGGGAUUCGAACCGCCGACCAUACGAUCAGCAAGUCCUAGGCGCUGAGGUUUUACCCACAGCGCCACCCGCGUCCCUAUUUCAUACUGAUAUCUUCAGGCAAUUAGAAUUAAAUAUUCUUAAAGAGACCUAAUCGCAAUGAUACCCAACCGAUGGAAAUCUAAUAUGUUAAGUAUUCCAUAUCUUCAUUUAUAUACACUAUUACAACUUUAUCAAACUUAUUCAGUGAGGCUUAAUCACCAAAGGAUCCCAUCUAGCAAAUGGUCAUUGCGGUCUCCACUUCCUAAUGUUGAUCAUAAAAGUAUAAAUUAAUCUUAGGAGAUUGUAACAUCAUUAAUUACCUAAACACCUGUGUGUUACAAGAAAGGAUACCUUCUUUGCAGUAAUUCAGACAACACAGGGAUCCAGCUCUGUGGGCCUUCUGGCAGUUCCCUCACUGCGAGGUUACAGGGAACCAGGCAGAGGGCCUUCCUAGUAGUGGCGCCCUCCCUGUGGAACACCCUCGCACCAGAUGUCAAGGAAAUAAGCAAUUGAGCUUUAGAAGACUUCUGAAGGCAGCCCUGUAUAGGGAAGUUUUUAAUGUUAGAUGUUUUAUUGUGCUUAAUGUCUAUAAUUUGUUGGAAGCCACCCAGAGUGGCUGGGGCAACCCAGUCAGAUGGCCUGAAUAAUAAUAAUAAUAAUAAUAAUAAUAAUAAUAAUAAUAAUAAUAAUUUAUUAUUUCCCCACCUCCCCCCUGCAACACACAUUUUAUUUUCAUUUCAUUUUUCAUAGGGAGGAUGUUCCAGCCUCCUUUUGGUAGCCUCUCCCAAGCCUUCUCAGGGAUUUUUCUUUUCCUUUCCUUUGCAGAUGAUGACCCAAUGAGCGAGGAAGAAGAUGAAAACGUGAAGAGGGAAGAAGGUCCCAGAGUCACAAAACCACGGGCAUCUCUGUUGGGGAAACCCAAUGCUGGUUCCAUGGGGGAAGAAAACCGGGAGAGUGGGAACAAUCACUUGCAGGGACAGACGGCCAGUAACAAUCCUGCCAACGAAAAAGAUGGAGGCCUUGUUGGGAACGGAAACAUCCAGCAAAGCAUAGAUGCAGAAGGGAGCCAGAACGUAUGCUUCAAGUGUGGGAAAAAAUAUGGCAGGAAGUCAACUCUCAAGAGACACCUAAAACUCCACAGCAGUACGAGACCCUAUAUAUGUCCCACCUGUGGCAAAGGUUUCACUGAGAAAUGUCCGCUCAUUGCCCACACACAAACACAUACGAAAAAGCGUCGUUUGAGAAGGGAACCCUACGAAUGCCCUGAGUGUGGAGAGGACUUCUUUACGAAAGCCUCUUUCAACGAGCAUCGGGCGAGCCACACCAGUGAGCCAACCUAUUCGUGCCCUGACUGUGGGAAAAGCUACGAGGCAGAGAGUCGCCUUGUUCGCCAUGUGGCGAAGGCCCACUCGGGUGCGACUCUCUUUGAAUGCCCCGGUUGUGGGAAAGGCUUUACGAAAGAGAAAGAUCUCGCUCAGCAUCGAGUGACGAUCCACACCGAAGGAAGCCGCUACUGGUGCCAUGACCAUGGGACAAGCGUCGGAGAGGAAUCUCCUCUAAUCAAACGGGGAGAGUUCCCCAAAAUGGAGCAUCCUUGCAGAUGCUCAGAAUGCAAGGAAGGUUUGGGUGACGAUGCCGGUCAUUGGAGAACGCACGAAAAGGGGAACCCUCAAAAAUACCUUCCCCGUGAAAUGCACUUUGGAAAGAGGACGCCCCACCCCACAAAUAGGGAAAGUGAUGCAGAAGAGUAUAGCCACGAAUGCCCCAUGUGUGGGCGAUGUUUCAAGAAUGGGGUAUGCUUUGCUAAUCACUGGAGGGUGCAUGCAAGAGAGCAGCAGCGCGGACAGGCAGGUGCAUUCAGGGAAGAAACCCGACUCACUAGAAAUCAGAAAACCCAAGCGGAUUUUGAAUCCGAGGCGUGCUUUGACUGCGGAAAGCCCCUCUGCGCCGACUCGAUGCUGCCUGCGCAGCCCAAAAUUGAAAUGGAAGAUAAUCUCUAUAAAUGCCCCGACUCUGAGGAAAUCUUCAGAGACAGCCGACAUUUUGCUAACCAUCAGAGAGGAGGACAUUGGGAAGACCUUGAGGCAAGAGCGCUGGCGGCUGACCAGCUGGAAACCCCCCGGAAGAAAGGAUCCUAUAGUUGCUCACGUUGCGAGAGAGUCUACACAACCCACUACAACCUCAGGAGACAUCAGAGAAUCCACUCGGAAUGCAGACCCGCCAAACGUCCCAGCUGUGGGGAAGGUUUUUCCUGCGCGUGGUCCUUCCCUGACAAUCGGAAAGCCUGUGUCAAAGGAGAAAAUGGCCUACACAAAUGCUCUUGCUGUGCGAAAGGGUUUGGCGCUAAAAGUGUGCUCCCUGGAUGCUUGCCACCCACUGUAAAAGCCAAGCCUUACAAAUGUUCCAUUUGUGGGAAAGCCUUUGCGUACAGAUACACUCUCGCUCAACAUCAGGAAACCCACGAGGAUGAGCAACCCAGUCUGCAUAUAUGCUCAUUUUGCAGCCAAGCAUUCCGUACCUGGAGCUGCCUCAAUAGACAUCAGCAGCUGCACAUGGGGGAGAAGCGCUACCAAUGCGCCGUUUGCGGGAAAGCCUUUGCCUACAGAGACGCCCUCGCUCGCCAUCGGGAGAUACACACGCAAGGGCCGCUCCACAAGUGCACUUUCUGCCCGAAAACCUUCUCAACCAGUAAUUCUCUCAGUAGACACAGGCUCAUCCACUUGAAAACAAGGUCCUACCAGUGCUCUAUCUGCCAGACAGCCUUUGGGACAAAAUAUUCCCUCCAUAGGCACGAGGACAUGCAUGCCAAUGGAAGUCCAGGCAAACUGACCAGUGGCGGGGAAGGUCCUGGCGUAGCUGAAGAGGAAGCUAGCACGACAGAAGAAAAUUCCAAUGGCUCGCCUGAUGGUUCAAUGAUCUCUGGGCAUGAGGACAUCUACAAGGAGAAGGAGAGCUCUGAGAGUGUGGGCGGUAUUGCCUGGGACAGCCACUUGGAGGAAAAUUUUGCCAAAGGGUUAGAAGAACAUAAGAACACAUUUGGAGAUGGCUCAGUGCUUCCCGAAUACCGAGCUAGACAUGCCGACGAAAGUGUCAACCCAGGGUGUGAAAAUUCAAUAAACUCUAAGCACCAGGGAGUCCACGCUGAAGGAAAUUCACCUGAUUGCUCUGGGCCGAUGGGCAACUCAGACCUUACUGGACAAGAAGAACCUGUUACUGGUGACCAAACUGUUUCCAGGGAUGGCUCCAUGCUUGCUCACAAUACAGAAGGACAUUUCAGCCUAUGGACCAACAAUUCGGCCUACUCUGGACUGAUUCAGGGAGCCCCAAUAGGAGAUAACCCUCCCGAGAGUUCUGGGAGUGUGAGGACCUCUGUGUACGGCUCAUUGCCGGCUGAAGAGCAGAGCACCCACUUAGAGGAACACCCUGUUAAUGGGUUAGAUGGUCAGGAUCCCGUUAGGGUCAAUUCAACUCACUUGAGUCAUGAGGGAGUUGUCACGGGCAAAGAAAGACAUACAUGCCUUAACUGCGGGAAAUCCUACGAGGAGAAAUAUUCCCUCACUAGACAUCAGGUAACCGAUACCUCGGCGAGACCUUAUCAAUGUCAAACCUGUGAAGAGAGCUUCCAGGACCCCAAAAUGCUAGCAAGGCACCAGCUCACGCAUACAGAUUUCAAGCCUAAUCAGUGCCGUGAAUGUGGGAAAUGCUUCAGAACAAGGUCCUGCAUUGAGAGGCAUCUGAAGACGCAUAGAGAGAGGCCCUACUGCUGUGUUUAUUGUGGCAAGAGGGUCACAACAGGCCCAAAUCUUCGGUAUCACCUCAGGCUUCACACAGGAGAGAGGCCGUAUAAGUGUACAGAGUGCGACAAAGAUUACCCGAACCCGUGGUCCCUUAAAAAGCAUUUGAAGACCCAUUUGAAAACAAGCUCCUCCUAGAGCUAGACCAGCUAGAUCAGGUUUCUCAACACAGGGUUGCCAUAUUUCCAAAAAGUAAAAUUCCUGACGCCUGCAAAGUUGCUCAGCUUUUUUUUUUUAGGAAGGUCCCAAAAUUGUUGAGCUUCUUUGGGGGACCCCUCCCCCCACAAAAUAGUGAUUUUAAGCUUUUGGAACUGUUUCCGCUGCUUUUUCCAUCGCGUUGCCACACAUCCGUGUUUUCCCUGACAUUUUGCCGAUUUGGCAAUAUCCCCCCCGACGCCAUUUUGGCACCCAAAAACCAGGACGUAUCAGUGAUUUUCCUGAUGUGUGGCAAGCCUACUUAAUAUGUUUUCCCAAGACGUAAUGAAAUGGGACGAUCCUUAAUAUGGUCUGCUGCUAUGGGUCUGUUUUACCUAAGAUCGUUGGUGCUGAAACAUGCCUGUGUCUUCAGGUAACCCAGAAUCUCUAUACUGUGUAAUGAAUGGUCAUAUUCUAUCUCCUAAUCAACUUUGCUUUGUGCAGUUUCAAAGUACCUCUGCUCAGGGAAUGAACCUUUCGUGCCGCUGGUGAUACAUAGAUAUUUUGGUUGUUUUGAAUUACUGGACCUGACUGGAGAAACACGGGUACUGCUUGACGGAGGAAGGAAGUGGUAACCAAGAGGCCAGUCUACUCUCUCAAAAGAAGAGGUGUGGGGAG